CAGCCUCAGCCCCAGCCUGUCGUCCUUCACUCCCAUGACAUGGCCAACAUGACAUCUGAAGCCUUCCCCGACCCAAGCACCGGCGGCAACGUGAGCUGGAAAACACUGAUUGGGCGACCCAAGACCGAGUCGGACACCUUGACCGUGGGCAUUGCGACAUGUCCGCCCGCUUCCAAGUCGGGCCAUUUGAAAUUGCAUAGUCACACGCAUGCCGAGAUCUACCAUGUCGCUUCCGGCCGCGGUGUGGUUAGGGUUGAUGGCGCCGAGUACGGGGUGCAGAGAAGCAGUGUGGUGUAUAUUCCUGGAGAUGCCGAACAUGGGAUAUGGAACACGGGCGAGGAUGAGCUGGUGUGGUUGUACGUGUUUGCGGCGGAUGGGUUUGGGGAGGUUGUUUAUGGGUUUAGUGGCACAGAGGGUGGGAAGGAGAGGGCGUAG